CCACGUGUCUGGCCCUCGGUGGUCAGUCAGCAAAUGAAGGGCGAGGCAGUUGUCCAUUACUCAUGCCGUCUUGGCCAGCCUGGCUGUCCUACCGGACUGCAUUCACUGUCGAGAGUAUAAGUAUAGAGUGCGGGGUCGGGUUUCUUCCCCUCUUUUCUGAUUCCCAUCCAUCCAUUCUCUCCUCUUUAUCUUCAUCUUCAGUAUCAUCACCAUCAUCACUACUGCAUUACUGCAUUUUGGCAUCCUCCUUCGCAGAUCUCUUGACUGAGAAAUCCCAAUACUACCAUCAUCAUCAUGGGCGAGUCUAAGUGUCCCUAUAAGGCACAGGCCAAUGUGGCCGGCGGGGGCACGCGUAACACCGACUGGUGGCCCGAGCAGCUGAAGCUCAACAUCCUCCGCCAGCACACCUCCACCACCAACCCAUUGAAGGCCGACUUUGACUAUGCCGCUGCCUUCCAAAGCCUGGACUACUUUGCCCUCAAGAAAGACCUCCAUGCCCUGAUGACCGACUCCCAGGACUGGUGGCCCGCCGACUUCGGCCACUACGGGGGUCUCUUUAUCCGCAUGGCCUGGCACAGUGCUGGCACUUAUCGGGUCUUCGACGGCCGUGGCGGGGGAGGUCAGGGGCAACAGCGGUUUGCCCCCCUCAACAGCUGGCCGGACAACGUAAGUCUGGACAAGGCUCGUCGGCUCCUGUGGCCCAUCAAGCAGAAGUACGGCGACAAGAUCUCCUGGGCCGACUUGCUGCUGCUGACGGGCAAUGUUGCCCUCGAGUCCAUGGGUUUUAAGACCUUUGGCUUCUCCGGUGGGCGCCCGGACACCUUCGAGGCAGACGAGUCGGUCUACUGGGGUGGCGAGACAACCUGGCUGGGCAACGAUGUCCGAUACUCCGAUGGCAAGCCCGGUGUGGCGGCCGAGGGGGUGGUCGACAGCGAUCAGUCCCCCCAUCGCGAUAUUCACAAGCGAGACCUGGAGAAGCCCUUGGCGUCGGCGCACAUGGGUCUCAUUUAUGUCAACCCCGAAGGUCCGGAUGGCAAUCCUGACCCCGUCGCUGCGGCUCGGGACAUCCGCGUCACCUUCAGUCGCAUGGGGAUGAACGACGACGAGACGGUCGCCCUCAUCGCUGGCGGCCACAGCUUCGGCAAGACCCACGGGGCUGCCCCGUCUAGCAAUGUGGAGGCAGAGCCUGAAGGCGCGGGCCUCGAGUCGCAGGGUCUUGGUUGGAAGAACAAUCACCAGUCUGGCAAAGGCCCCGACACCAUCACCAGUGGCCUGGAGGUGAUCUGGACCAAGACUCCCACCAAGUGGAGCAACAACUACCUGGAGUAUCUGUUCCGCUAUGACUGGGAGCUCACUAAGAGUCCCGCGGGGGCUCACCAGUACGUGGCCAAGGACUCCGAGGCCAUCAUCCCGGACGCCUACGACUCCUCCAAGCGCCACCGGCCGACGAUGCUCACCACCGAUCUCUCCCUCCGCUAUGACCCCACCUACGAGAAGAUCUCGCGUCGUUUCCUCGAGAACCCGGAUCAGCUUGCCGAUGCCUUCUCCCGUGCCUGGUUCAAGCUCCUUCACCGUGACAUGGGCCCCCGCACUCGGUACAUUGGACCUGAGGCUCCCACCGAAGAAUUGAUCUGGCAGGACCCAAUCCCCGCCGUCAACCAUCCUCUCAUCGAUGCCAACGACAUCGCCUCCCUCAAGCGCACCAUCCUGGAGAAGAGUGGCGUUGACCGGUCGAAGCUGGUGUCGACGGCGUGGGCGUCCGCCUCGACCUUCCGGGCCAGCGACAAGCGCGGCGGUGCCAACGGGGCCCGCAUUCGCCUGCAGCCCCAGCGGGAUUGGGAGGUGAACCGACAGCCUGGGCUGCAGGAGACUCUAACCGCCCUCGAGUCCAUUCAGAAGGAGUUCAACGGCUCUGCUCCCAACGGAAAGAAGGUCUCCCUGGCCGAUCUAAUCGUGCUGGCUGGCAGUGCGGCCGUCGAACAGGCGGCUCGUGAGGCUGGCCAUAGCAUUCAAGUCCCCUUCAUCCCCGGUCGGACGGAUGCCUCGCAGGAGCAGACUGACGUCGAAUCCUUCAGUCAUCUGGAGCCGGUGGCCGAUGGCUUCCGCAACUACGGUCGCUCGACCCCGCGUGUGCGCACGGAGCAGUUCCUCGUGGACAAGGCGCAUCUCCUCAGCCUGUCUGCACCGGAACUGGCCGUCCUGGUCGGUGGUCUGCGCGUACUGAACGCGAACUACGAUGGAUCGUCUCACGGGGUCUUUACCUCCCGACCGGGCCAGUUGACCAACGACUUCUUCGUCAAUCUGUUGGAUAUGAGCACGGCCUGGAAGGCGACCGAUGGCAGUCGGGAGUUGUACGAGGGCACCGAUCGCAAGACCGGCCAGCGCAAGUGGACCGCCACGCGCGCCGAUUUGGUCUUCGGCUCGCAUGCCGAGUUGCGGGCCAUCGCCGAGGUUUAUGGGAGUGUUGAUGGUCCAGCUCGAUUUGUCAAGGACUUUGUGGCUGCUUGGGACAAGGUCAUGAACCUGGAUCGGUUUGAUCUCAAGAAGCAGUCGAUUGUGUCAUCUCGAUUGUAGUUUUGCCUGGGCACGCUAGUCUGUUUGUAAUGAGUUCACGCAAUGA